AUGGUACGUUCAUUGUUUGAUAUAUGUUUGACAACGAUAUGUCGACACAGACUGGCCGAAGGGAUAUCGUAUCUGCCAGCUGAGAGUAAAGAGAAACUUUUGGAAUAUUUCACUUCACAUGACAUGGUAAGGCUUCACUAUGUGUUAUAGUUUAGGUAAUAGUUAAAUAUUUUUACUACGCAGUACUAUUUAUACUAGUACUUUACUUUACUUGUCAUAUACUAUUUUUAAAGCUUGCAUAUGCUAUAUUAAACAAAGUAAUUCUGUUUUCCAGUUAUCCACCCCCAAUUGCAUGCAAGUCCUGACAGCCGGCUUCUCGAUUGACAUCGAAUGUCUGACUUUCUAUUUGAGUGAAGAUGUUACUGAUGAUCUCUUGAGGACAAUUGUAAAGUCAUGUACAUCAUUAAAGGAGAUCUCUAUCAUCGAUUGUCCAAAUGUCACUGAUCAAGGCAUACUGGACAUUACCUUGAAUCAACCUGACUUGUACUCAGUAGAACUACGGUAUUUGAGGAAUCUAAGUUCGAAUGGGUUGAAGAACAUAAAGUCACGGUAUUUAGAUGUGGUCGAUCUCAGUGGGUGUUCUAGGGUAAGUCUUAAUAUGUUGUGGUACAUUAACUUUGUACCAUAUAGUAUUAUAGACGCUACGCUGUUAUGUAAAACACGGUUGGACAUGUCUAUAAGGUUGUAUUUUCUAUUUAUCAAACCAUGUUUUAUAAAAAAAAACCUUGUAGAUAACAUCAGAAGGCAUUUUUGACUUGGUCUACAACAACAGAAGUAUCAAAAAGUUGAACUUGAGUAAUUGUCGCGACCUCGAUGAUCAAGCCUUAUAUGACAUUGCCUAUUGUAUUGGUGAGAAUCUCGAAACGAUCGAGCUGGACUGUCUUCCAAACAUGUUGGAUCCAGCAACCACUUUACACGAUCUGUCACACAAAUGUCCCAACAUAUCACAAUUGAGUUUGUGUCGGUUCUUUGGGGUAAGUUCUUGGGUUGAACUAAGGGUAGUGCAAGAUUAUUUUUGAAACUAAGACUUUAAAAAACUCCAUAAAAUACACAGUAAUGUUCUGGUUUUCAUGUAAAUAGCAAUGCAUUUACAAAUUUUUCAAAAAAUUGUAAGGUUCUUUGAAUAAUUAAAAGUUUUUAAAAAAUAAAAAACCCAUUUCAACUUCAGGCCGAGCGGGAAAACGACGUACUGUCAGAAUACGAGAUUGCUGGUUCUGUACUCAGGGAAAUUGAUUUAUACGGUAAGACUUUUCAGAAGACUAGUACUUUUAAGCAAUUAUUUCUUACUAUUGUCCUACCUACCCCACUCAAAAUCAGCUCGAAAUCUUUAUAUCACCAAUAUUACCCAUAAAAAAUUUUAGGUUUAGCUUUUGAGAUUUAAGAUUGAAAUAUUUGAGUUUCCCGCCAAUUUAAAAAAUUUGGCAUAGUGCUUCAAGAACUGUUUGGACUUUCCGUACACGCUAAGCUUAAAAAUUUAGGUUCGUUUAAAAGUCUUCUACUAGUGCAUUAAAGGAAAAAGAUUGAAACACAAAAAGUGAAACAGUUAUAAUCUUAAAGACAAUGCCAGCUUGGCGGGAAAUUCAAAACCUAAUCUGUUCUCGAUUUUUUCCGAUUUUUUAACGAAAAAAAAGUUAAAAACGUCUUUUUUCCUCAAAUUUAUAUAAACUUUACAGGGAAUUACUUUGUUCAUCUUCCAAAAUUGCCACCAACCAUCAAAACGAUACGACUGUCAGUAACGGGCUGUGAAGAUGUCGAAGAGUUGGUCAGGAAGUUGGAAUCACAUGAAGAACUCUGUGAUCUACAUUUACAGUUAGAGUGUUUGGAUGAAGAUACGGUAAGGUUGUGACAAUUAAUUUCUUUAUAUUUAUGUUUACUAUACUAUAACUAUUAAAACCCUACUGUAAAUUUCAAUUUUAGUCCUUUUAUUAACUUAAAAUGUCAUUUUCAGUGGUUAGUCGAAGCAGCCAACCGUUUCCUAACCCACUUCCUGUCGCACCUUGGUCCCAAGAUUACCCGGCUUCAUAUCAGUGCUUGUCGCAUCGUGGAUCCAGUGAUGGCGUUGAUAACAGAAGCUCUGCCCCACCUCACCGACCUCGCUCUUUCAUGCCUUCAUCUCAACACUUACUACCUCAGGAAGUUCUUUUCCGGAGGCAUCAACUCGAAGGGUGCCAAACUGAAAUCACUUAAACUCAAAGGGCUUCGCAUUACCUACAGAGCCUUGUUUACUAUUGGCAAAGGGGCUAGGUCGCUUACGGUAAGUGUAUUGUAAUUUUAAGGAAUACUGUAACAUUAAAAGUACUGUAGUAUUAAAAAUAUGAUGAAUUUCGUAAGAAUUGAGGUCUUAGGUAACAAAUAAUAAAAAAAAGUGAAAAAUUUGAUAACUUUUUAAUAAAAAAGUACAAAAAAUGAUAUUACAGUACCCCAAAAACAUUUUACGGUACAAACUCUUCAUUUCGACAGUACACUUUUAACCUUUCAGGACCUAGAAGCCUCGCACAUGGCUACAGUAGACGACCGUUUCCUGGUCCUCAUCGCUGACACUUGUAAACAUAUCCGCUCCGUGAACUUCAAUGGCUGUCGCUUUGUCACUGAUAAAGGCUUAUCAGCUUUGGCUUCGAAUGGCAACCUUAGUGAAGUCAGGAUACGAGGCACAGGAUGCACAGAUACCUUUAUAUACAGAUUGGCAGCCCAUUGUCCUCAGAUGGAGUGGAUCGCGCACGCUGACUUUAGUGGACGGCCAAGGUUCAGUCAACAGGCUCUUCAGUUCUUGAGAGAUACGUGUAUUCAGAGGGUCAUUUGUUGA